AUGGUGGCUAACAAAAAGGAAGGACACAUUUUAGAGCUGAUCGACGAAGACGUGCUGACAGUGAAUGCCAUCACCGCAAAGAUAAGGAAGAGCAAAGUCGCUACAGAUAAUGGUGUUGAUAAUGUCGAUGAUGAUGAAGGCAUUCGAAAGCGGAGAAAGGUUGAUGACGACGAGUCAAAUUCAGAGAAACAUGAUAUCAUGGAUGGCAUUAGCUCUGAAGAGUUCCGGCAAUACCACAAAGCCAAGGAUAGAGUACGAGAGUUCUAUAAGGAGCAACAUGAAAUGCAAACGAUGGCAUUCAAUUUGCAGGCAAGAAUCAAUUACAAGACAAAGGUCAGGGCAAAGAUGACCAUAUGGGAGGCCCUUUGCAAACUGAGCAAAUUGAUUGACGAUUCUGAUCCCGAUACAGAACUCUCUCAAAUUGACCACGCAAUACAAACUGCACAGGCAAUUAGAGAAGAUAAAAAACCGAGAUGGAUGCAGUUAGUUGGCCUGAUACAUGAUUUAGGAAAGAUCCUUUAUUUUUUUGACAGUGAAGGACAAUGGGAUGUUGUUGGUGACACUUUUCCAGUUGGCUGUGAAUUUGUGAAGGAGAACAUAUUUCAUGAAUUUUUUGCCGGAAAUCCUGAUAGUUCACACCCAAUAUAUUCAACCAAAUAUGGAAUGUAUGAGCCGAAUUGUGGUCUAAGCUCCCUAUUGAUUUCAUGGGGUCACGAUGAGUACAUGUAUUACAUUACAAAAAGUCAAUCCACUUUAAACGAACAAGCCCUAGCGAUGAUACGAUAUCAUUCAUUUUACCCUUGGCAUAGAGAAGGUGCCUAUAGAUAUCUAAUGAAUGAUUCCGACGAUGAGUUACUCCAAGCUGUUCAAGAAUUUAAUGAAUAUGAUCUUUACUCGAAAAGCCUGAAAAAAUACGACCUGGAAACAUUAAAACCUUAUUAUCUGGACUUGAUCAGUGAGUUCUUUCCAAAUGAAUACAUAGAAUUCUAA